UGCAAUUGAUGUAUUAGACCAUGUGCAAGCUUUUUUGGAGACUUUGGUUUCUUUACUGGGGGUCAUCGUCCUGAAGAAAGAGAAAUUCCUCGUGGGGCAGAUGUUGUAAUGGACCUUUGGGUGACCUUAGAAGAACUUUACUCUGGAAAUUUUGUGGAGGUUAUACGAAACAAGCCAGUUAUGAAGCCUGCAUCAGGUACUCGGAAAUGUAAUUGCCGGCAGGAGAUGGUCACAAGACAGCUAGGCCCAGGUCGAUUUCAAAUGACACAGCAAACUGUCUGUGAUGAAUGCCCAAAUAUUAAAUUAGUGAAUGAAGAGAAACUUCUUGAAAUAGAAGUAGAGCCUGGCAUGCACGAUGGUCAAGAACAGAAAUUUAUUGCUGAAGGUGAACCUCACAUUGAUGGUGAUCCUGGAGAUCUCAAAGUCAGAAUCAAAACAUCUCCGCAUGCCAUUUUUGAACGAAGAGGAGAUGAUUUGUAUACAAACAUCACAAUUUCACUUACUGAUGCACUUUGUGGAUUUGAAAUGGAUAUUACUCAUUUAGAUGGUCACAAGGUUCAUGUAUCAAGAGAUAAGAUAACUUGGCCUGGAGCCAGACUUAGGAAGAAAAAUGAGGGAAUGCCAAACUAUGAGAACAACAAUGUUUUUGGAACUUUGUAUAUUACAUUUGAUGUAGAUUUUCCAAAAGGUCAACUCAGUAAAGAAAAUAUAGAAGCUAUUAAAAAGAUAUUUCAAGAAGAGACCAAGACAAAAGUGUACAAUGGACUGCAGGGAUAUUGAAUAAAUCCAGUAUUUAAAGGGACCAUAAAAUAUUGUGAAUCAAAUUGAUAACUUUCGUAUACAAAAUAAUGGAAUGUACAGUGGAAUUUGCUGUUUGACAUUUAAAUCCAUGAUAUGGGUUUGCAAUGAAAGUUUAUAUGUAUAACAAAUAGUAAUUUAUAGUUUGUGCAUUAAAGUGUUUCUAAAAUAGUUUUUAGCUCUAAUAAUUGAUUAAAGAAAAUACAGUUGCACACAUAAUAUAAAAACCAAACCCCUUUAUUUUUGGUAUGUAGAGAUUUCCUUGGGAAAUGUAUCCUCAGGUUUUGUUUCAAAAUACAGAACUUUAUUGAAGUACAGCUUGUGUUACUAUUUUUUAAUACUUAAAUAUAUUUCUCUUUUCAAACAGUAUGAAAUAAUUUAUUUCAUGUUUUUGAUAAAUUAUUCCAUUCUUUUCUAGUUCAAAAUCUAAUUGUAAUAGUAUUAUAAUUUUUGGAUGUCUUUGUUUUUCUCAUAUUAUCAGAAGUAUCCGUAUAAUGAACAAGUUUAUUAGCUGAAUAAUGAUACAUUUAUUUUUGUGAAUUUUGCAAGUCCCACACAACUUUUUUACAGUGUUAUAAGAUACAGCUUUUCAAGUGAUUUCAUGGAGAAGUGAAAAGCUGUAUACUGUAUAAUAUUAUAACAUGCACUUACCUGUAAAUAACAGUGUAGUUUAUAACAAUUCAAAAAACUUGCAUCCCUGUUAGAAAAUGUCAGUCUUGCUUAGUAGUCUUCAUAAAGUAACUGAUGAUACUAUGUUUAAAUACUUGUGAGGAACUGUACACUUUGAAAAUUGUUUCUUGAAAAAAUGAGUGACAUUGAUUAUUUGAAGAAAAGCUAAUAUCUUAUACAUAUAUUUAUGUCUAUUAAGAAGUAAUUUGUUCUCAAACUAAAAAUUUUCCCAUUUUAUUCAGAAAGAUAUUCAUAUAGAUUGAAUUUAUGAAAAAGUAAUCCCUGUUUUAAUCGUAACUCUAUGUUUGGUUACACAUUAUUUUCAAACAUGACAUUUUGAAGCCUGUUCAAAGAAAGCAUUGAUUAAGAAAAUAUUUUCAUAUAGAAGUUUUUAAUAAUUUUGCACUCUAUAUUAAAGUAUGGAUUAUAUAAAACCUAGACAUUUCUUAUCAGUUAGUUAUUGAGGAAAGAUCAACUAGGCUAUUUAAGAAGUUAAGCAUAUGCUAUAGGAAGUGGUAACAAGGAAAAAUUUGUCUUAGUUAUACCUAGUUUCUUUUGUCCUGAUUGACAUUUCUUAAUGUUCUUAACAAGUUUGCUAAUUCUUCAUCACUAUUCAUACUGUAUCUGUUAAAAUCGUUUAUAGCAUGAAACUGUGACAUGUAGUAGUGUGUUGGAGCCUGGAUUGGUAGUGCCACCAUUCUGAAAAUAAAUUGUGUGCUCUUCAUGCUUUCUUUCAAA